GAGGAGGGGACGGACCACGCGGGCGGGGGAGGGCGCGCCGCUUCCGGGAGGGGCGCACCUGUCCGGAGCCGCACCGGACGCGUCUCCACCUGCCGUCCCAGGCCGGGCCGGGCCGGGCCGCGCCUGCCGAUGCGGGAGCGGAGGUGACCCGGCGACAUGGCGCUGUGGGGCCGUAUCGCGCUGGGGCUGCUCUGCGGCCUCCUCCUGCCGCCGCCCGGCCGCCCAGACGGGACCCCCGGCUCGCACCCGGACGAGGCCACGCUGGAAGAGUUCUGCCGCAUCGACCUUCCGCUGUGCCACAAUGAGGACGAGCAGCUCAGCUUCGAAGCCGUCCGCAACAUCCACAAGCAGAUGGACGACGACGCAAACGGCAACGUGGACGUGGAGGAGAGCGAUGAGUUCUUGCGGGAAGACCUGAAUUACCACGACCCCACCGUCAAGCACAGCACCUUCCACGGGGAGGACAAGCUCAUCAGCGUGGAAGAUCUUUGGAAGGCCUGGAAGGCAUCGGAAGUCUACAACUGGACGGUCGAGGAGGUGGUGCAGUGGCUGAUCACCUACGUGGAGCUCCCCCAGUACGAAGAGACCUUCCGGAAGCUUCAGCUCACCGGCCACGCCAUGCCCAGGCUGGCCAUCACCAACGCCACCAUGACCGGGACGCUCCUGAAGAUGACCGACAGGAGCCACCGGCAGAAGCUGCAGCUGAAAGCCCUGGACACCGUGCUCUUCGGCCCGCCUCUCCUGACCCGUCACAACCACUUGAAAGACUUCAUGCUGGUGGUCUCCAUCGUGAUCGGAGUAGGAGGCUGCUGGUUUGCUUACAUCCAGAACCGCUACUCCAAGGAGCACAUGAAGAAGAUGAUGAAGGACCUGGAAGGUCUGCACAGGGCCGAGCAGAGUCUCCACGACCUCCAGGAAAGGCUGCAGAAGGCGCAGGAGGAGCACCGCACGGUGGAGGUGGAGAAGGUCUCCCUGGAGAAGAGGCUGCAGGACGAGAUCAGCAUCGCCAAGCAAGAGGCGCAUCGGCUGCGGGAGCUGCGCGAAGGGACGGAGAACGAGCUCAGCCGGCAGAAAUACGCCGAGCAGGAGCUGGAGCAGGUCCGCAUGGCCCUCCGGAACGCCGAGAAGGAGCUGGAGUCGCACAGCAGCUGGGCGGCCCCCGGGGCCCUCCAGAAGUGGCUGCAGCUGACCCACGAGGUGGAGGUGCAGUACUACAACGUCAAGAAGCAGAACGCGGAGAGGCAGCUGCUCCUGGCCAAAGAGGGGGCUGAGAAGAUCAAAAAGAAGCGCAACACACUCUUUGGCACCUUCCACGUGGCCCACAGCUCCUCCCUGGACGACGUGGAUCACAAGAUCUUGACGGCCAAGCAGGCGCUGAGCGAGGUGACGGCCGCCUUGAGGGAGCGGCUGCACCGCUGGCAGCAGAUUGAGCUGCUCUGCGGCUUCCAGAUCGUCAACAACCCCGGCAUUCCCACGCUGCUGACAGCCCUCAACAUCGACCCCAGCUGGAUGGGGGGCCCACCCAGGGCCAACACCUCCCACUUCAUCAUGACUGACGACGUGGAUGACCUGGACGAAGAGAUGGUCUCCCCCAUGUCCAUGCAGUCUCCCGCCUUGCCAAGCAGCGUCGUUCGCCAGCGCCUGGUGGACCCCCAGCAUUCCUUGGGAUCGCAGAGGUUGGUAGAGGGUCACCCGCAGGCCCCCAGCCAGGGGGAACCGGGACCGCUGGUGCAUUACCUGCCUGGCAGGGUCACUCUGCGCCGAAUGCCCAGCCUCUCCAGCGGCAGCAGCGUCGACGUCCCGGGAGCUCCUCCUCCGUACUCCUCCUCUUCCUCCUCCUCCUCAGCCGGCCACGGAGCGCCCCCCGCUCCCACCUGCCACGGGCUGCCCAUCCUGUACCACCACACCACCUCCUCCUACAUCCUGCAGAUGGACACCCUGCCCGACCUGCCCCCUCCCGACGUCACCUCGGGCACGCACGGCCAGGCGGAGAGCUUGGGGGACCUGGUCCACUCGGAUUCGGACUCCUCCAUCCCGUACCUGAGUGACCAUCCGCGGGCGGCCAUUUCCAUGCCCAAGUUGCGGCCUGGCCUGCUGAACAAGCCAGCUGAGGAACAGCAGCACCAAACGGAGCCCGGCGAGUCGGAGAGCCCGCUGACGAUGAAGAAGGUGCCGGUGCUGAACCACCACGGGGGGCUGGAGAAGGCGGCCAGCCUGGGGGAGCUGGGCCCGGUGGGAGCCCGUUCGAGGGACUCCUCUCGGUCACACAGCCCCACCUCCACCGAGCCCGACACCCCCUCGCCGCCCGCCAACGGCCGCACCGCGCUCUCCCUCCUGUCCGGCAAGGCGAACAGCCGCAUCCCACACCUGGCGGCCAAGAAGACGGGCACGGCAGGCGAGGAGGACAGUGGCUCCACCGGCGAGGAGACCGACUCAGGCCCCGGGAAGAAGAAGUUCCCGCUGAAGAUUUUCAAGAAGCCCCGGAAGUAGCUGGCGGACGGGGAAGGACCGGGCAAGGCGCCCUGUGCUGUCCUCCACCGGAGCAGAUUCGCCCCCUGCUGACACAGAGACGCUCUUGGCUGGGGGGGCCUCCUGGGGCCAGAGUGCCCUGCUUGACUGCGCAUGGCUUGCACCCGCUGCCCCCCUUCUGCUCGCCGCUCUCCUCCGGGCGGCUGGAGCAGGGUAACCUCGACAGGCGCCCCUGGACCGCAGCCGCCCCUCUGGAGCAGAACCAAAGCUUUGCGGCUCUCGUGGCUGGUCGGUGCAGCCGGGUAGAGGAUGGCGGCGCAUCGGGCUCCUGGCUGCCUCGUGGACCAGCCAGAGUGGCCGUGCGGAAGCCCCUCUCGCUGGGUCUCAGGGCAAGGAGGAAGGCGGCCGUCUGGCCAGCAAGGCGGCUGCAGGGGGGGGCAGCUCUUUGGGCCAGCCAGCUGCUUUUUGUAAAACUGUUUUGAAUCUAAUAAAGCAUGUAGACUAUUUUAAUAAG